UUUUUUUUUAAUUUAAUUUCUCCUUUUAGCAUGGAAAAUAAGGCAGCUAUAGCUCAACAUAUAUUCAUUGGUACUGGUGUUUCAGUCAUGGCAGGUGCUACUACAGGUGCGACCAUGGCUGUACUAAAAAAUGCUCCUGUGAAAGCCUAUGCUUUUUCCACAGGAGUUAAUUGUGGUGUAUUUGGUGCAACGUUUUUUAUUAUUCGUGAAUCAUUCCUUUCCUAUCAACGCAAACAAAAUCCUCAUUAUGGACUGAAGGAUUCAGAAACUCGAGAUAUUGAUGAUCUUGUAAGUAGUGCCUUGGCAGGUGGAACCACAGGUGGACUUCUCUCUGCAGCUUUUCGUGGACCUCGAGGAGUAUUACCGGGUUUUUUUAUGUUUGGAGCUAUUUGUACUGGAGGACAACUACUAUAUUCAGCGGCCAAUCGAUGGCGACAAGAUACCAUUGUCCGUAGUGGCUUGAUGAACCUUCCGUCAGAUCAAGAUAUCCCAACAAAGAAGAUUUGGGAGUAUAUUGAAAUCCCUUCCUGGUCUCCGGUACGAAAAUUAACCAACGAUGAAUACAACGAUCUUUUGGAUGCCAAGCUCAAGGCCCUUGAAGAUGAAGUUCGACGUAUUGAACGAGAAAUGCAACGAAAUGAACAACAGGAACAACAACAGCAAGAAAAAAAGGUGGAUUGAUGGUAUAGGAUUUGGAACUGGACAUACUUGAAUCCAUUCAAUAUAACUUUUUGUUUAGUCUUCAUAUCUAGUUAUAGAAUAUUUUUUUUAAUCAUUUGCUCAUUUAUGUAAAUAGUUUUAUUAGAUCCAAUAAAAAAA